CUCUCUCUCUCUUCCUCGAGCACCUCUUCUUUCGUUCUCCUAACUCGAACACAAUCAUCUUUUUCGCCUCCUUUUCUUCGUCGACACCCAAACAAAACCCAAGAAAACAAAAAGCAAGCAGCCAACUUUAUAGAGAAGAGCGGAGCCAAGGCAGGCAACAUGCUCCUUCCCCACCUCAUCUCCUUCCUCCUCAUCUCCCUCCUCCACCUCUCCACCGCGGCGGCACCGAGCGCCUACGAGGUGCUGCGCUCCCACGGCCUCCCCAUCGGCCUGCUGCCCAAGGGGGUGAGGGAGUUCGAGGUGGACGGCGGAGGCCGAUUCCGGGCCCGGCUCGACGCGCCCUGCACCGCCAAGUUCGAGAGCGAGGUCCGCUACAACGCCACCCUCGCCGGCACCAUCUCUCCCGGCCAGAUCGCCGCCCUCUCCGGUGUCUCAGCCCAGGACCUCUUCCUCUGGUUCCCCGUCCUCGCCAUCCGCCUCGACGACAACGCCUCCGGCAUCAUCCACUUCGACGUCGGCGUUGUCGACAAGCGCCUCCCCCUCUCCCUCUUCGAGUUCCCUCCCGACUGCACUCCCCUCUCUUUUUCCCCUCAGUACAAACUCGAUCAAGAUGUCGACGGAAAGGCUGCUACUUGAGAUGGAAGAUUGCAUCAGAUCUGCUGUCUUCCUGAGUCAAUGAAAUGGUGGUAGGAGACAAAAUGUAACGAAGUAGGGGAGAUGGGGGCUCUGUUCUUUUUCUUCUUCUUCUUCCUACUACUGCUACCACCUUUGUGUUGUUUGCUCUGUAAGUAAUGCUUCGAGUCUUGUAUAACAUUUGUCUGUACGGAAUAUAAACAGUCGGUUCAUCCUUUUGCCUC